CAAGUUGCCAUGGUAGACAGGAGCAUGGCGUCCUGCGGAAAUCUAGUGAUAGGGGCAAGCCUAGGUGCACGGGUACCCCGCACGUGAGACCGAGGGGCUCUCUGGAUACCAGACGUGCUUGCAUGUAAUCCGUGAUCUAUGACAGGUCCCCCACCUACCGAUGUCUUCUCAUGUGGUGUAGGAGCCUUCUGGGAGGAGAUCUGGUGUAGCCACCCAUCAGGUAGCGAUCAACUUUUCUUCAGCAGGACAGAAUGGCGAGAAGUGGUAUGAGAAGCUCAGCCCUGGCUCGAGCCCAGUCCCAGCUUGCUGGUCAAAGAGUUCCUGUAAGACCCAAAGAUGCUGCAGAUGAGUUACAGGAAUAUAUGCAUGCACUUAGCAAGAAGACAAGUGCUUUAAAACUCUCCCAGCCACCUGUUUCUGACCUGAGCGACUCGUCAGCUGAAGAACAAGAUAGUGAAAAGUACAGAGCAACUGCUAGUCCUCAGCAAUUAUCGGGAACACAUAGUCGGUUUCUAAAGAAGAAAACACCAUCUAGUAAUGAUGUCAAGAAAAAUGCUAUAGUCACAACUGAGGCCAAGAUGCCCGCCCAUCCCCAGCCUGUCCAGUCAAAGAUGCCAACCAGUGCAGCCCUGAGAAGAUUGGCAGAAAUUGAGUACAGACAUCAGUUAAGAAAGUCACAGAUAGACAUUUCUGAGAAUGACUCUGACUUAAGGACUUCUGAAGAAAGGCCUUUCUCUAAUAGAUCAAGCAGUGAAUUCAGCACCCGAGAAAAAAUAUUUUUAAAAAAGAAAGUUAACAUAAUGGAGCCAGAACAUGCAAGACAGAACAGUGGGCAUGUUGUCCACAACAAAACUGCAAAAAGUAAGCCAGGAACGAUCGAAAGUGAAGAAGAAGAAAUGCUCCAUCUUGUUGGCAGCUCAGUAGAAUUCUCCGAAAAUGAUGAGAGAUGGCAGAUGCUUCCGAAGCCUCCUAGGACGCCAUCACCUCCCAGCAAAUCAACCCCUCGCAGAAAGCUUCGUCGCAGUCCUUCAGCUCUAGGAUUUGUUUCUCCUCGUCGUCCCCCUUCCCGCCUAACUUCUAGAACGCCAUCACCCUCUAGUUAUGGAAGCCCUAGGUUUCCAAGAAGACCGCACUCCUUAACUCGGUUUUUAUCUCGGUCUCCCUCACCAUCUGUAAGAAGCUCAUUGACCAGUCCAUCUCCACGGACAAGGCUAGGGAGGCGAAGUCGAACACCUAUGUCCCAGAGGAGUGACAUUAAAUCCCUUGAUGAGCUCUUCUUCAGAUCUGAGGAUCUUAGUAGUGCAAGUUCCAACGAUUUUAAAUUGAAUAUACUGAGUUUGGAUGAUUUGGCACUCCCUGUAGAUGCAGAAGAGUCUAAGGAAAAGGUGAUUCGUGAAAAGGCGAAGGAUAAGUAUCUCUCCUCUGCUCAAGACAAGGGACACACACCUACCAAGGAAGCAAAGUCAUUGACAAGACACUCCACCUCCGAUGAGGAAUCUGUUGUAGAAGCACACACUGAAACCAACAAAGAAUCAGAAAUUUUAACGCAUCGACGCAAUGAACGCUCUAGCUCUUCAGAUAAAUCCACCGUUAAUUCUCUUUAUUCAGAGGAUUUUGAAGAAUCUGUGCUUACUGAUACAGAACAUAGUUCAGCAUCUGAUUCACGUUCAUAUUCAAAAUCCAUGGCAGGACAGAAAUCUAUCCUUUCCUCAGAUCGCUCCUACACCCCACCCAACAAAGCAAGACAGCGGAAAACAAUGGCUGAGAACAUACAUAGAGUAACGGUAAAGGAAAUUGCCGUGCAGACCAGUGAUGCUGGAUUCACCUAUCGCUGGCCACAUGCAAGUAUUGACUUCAAGCACACUGUUGCACCUUUUAUGGAUCCAGUGUCAAUGGUCAGCCAUGUGGUGAGCCCUGAUCUAAUUGAAGCAUUGACCACAUACAACCCGAUGGCCCUGGCGCUGAAUGACAUGCUAAAACAGCAGCUGUUCCUCACACAGUCUUUUGUAGACAUGGCCCGACAGCUCUAUCUUUCCACUGUAAAGUCCUUAGAGGGUGAAUCCUUUUGCUAUACCACACUGAAGAAUACUAAAGAGUACAUUCAGCAGCAGAGAGCUCUUAAAUGGAAGCACGGUCAAGAGACGAGUUGAUUUGAAUUCAAGCAAUAAAAGAUCUUCUCCUCAAGUGGUCUGGCAUUGCCCCUAGUUUCAGUGCC